AUGGGAACUCCCAUGCAUCCUAACAUCAAGCUUGAUAAGGAUGAACAUGGUAGAGAUGUUGAUGAAACACACUAUCGAGGGAUGAUUGGAUCUUUGAUGUAUCUAACCUUCUCAAGGCCUAAUAUCAUCCAAAGUGUUGGAGUUUGCUCAAGGUUUCAAUCAAAGCCUAAGGAGUCCCACCUCUCAACUGUUAAGAGGAUCAUCCGAUAUGUGCUUGGUACCACUGAUUAUGGCUUAUGGUUUCUUAAGACUGAUUCAUUUCAAUUAGUGGAUUUCUGUGAUGCAGAUUUUGCUGGGGAUAGGAUCGAUAGAAGAAGCACAAGUGGCAUGUGCUGUUUUCUUGGGAAAUCCCUCAUUGUUUGGUCUAGCAAAAAACAAGCCACAGUGGCUCUUUCAACAGCCGAAGCUGAGUAUAUUGCAGCCUCCUCUUGUUGUUCUCAAUUAUUAUGGCUGAAAACUUAA